AAGAAAGAGAAAACGAUGUCUUCUCCAAGCAAACGUCGAGACAUGGACUUGAUGAAACUGAUGAUGAGUGAUUACAAGGUGGAAAUGAUGAACGAUGGCAUGCAAGAGUUCUUUGUAGAAUUUCGCGGACCAAAAGACAGUCCCUAUCAAGAUGGUGUGUGGAAGAUUAGGGUGGAGCUACCUGAUGCUUAUCCUUAUAAGUCCCCCUCUAUUGGUUUUGUAAACAAAAUUUACCACCCCAAUGUUGAUGAAAUGUNNGGAUCAGUUUGCUUAGAUGUUAUUAACCAGACUUGGAGUCCCAUGUUUGACCUUGUUAAUGUGUUUGAAGUGUUUCUUCCUCAACUUCUUCUGUACCCGAACGCAUCAGAUCCGUUGAAUGGUGAUGCUGCUGCCUUAAUGAUGCGAGAUCAUGCAGCAUAUGAACAAAAAGUCAAAGAAUAUUGUGAAAAAUAUGCCAAGCCAGAAGAUAUUGGAGCUACUCAGGAAGAAAAUUCAAGUGACGAUGAGCUAAGUGAAGAAGAAUAUGAUGCCUCUACUGAUGACGCCAUUGCAGGGGAACCUGAUCCUUAGAUGUUCACUCGCAUUACCUGCAUUAUUCACUGUGUUGCUUGUACAUGAUUUGUUAUUGAGUACUGGAAUUGAAAGACACAAAAUCUCAAGGUUGAAGGGAAAAAUUUUAACCUUUCUUUCUAUUCCAUGGACCAUGGUGGUUGUGUAAAUUGAUUUAUGAUUCAGAUAAUUACUUUUUUCUGAUAUAAGGUUACAAUAUCUGAAGGUUCAUCCUGGAUUUGCAUAUCAAAUCAUUUAUUAGAGUUUUAAUUAAACUGUGUUCUCUCA